AAAAAAAAAUUCAGUUUUUAAAUUAUCCUGUCUGUCUUUCAAACACUAUACCCUUUUUCUGAAAUCUGAAAACAAAAUUUUCUCAAAUUCGUAUUUAAAAACAAAAAAAAAGUAAAAUCCAUUGUAACCCAGAAAUAUUAACACAUAAUGACACAAAAGCAUAAUGAUUUCUCUCCCAUAAGUAACACGCGGGACGAAUAUAAUUGGGAUUAUGGUAAAUAUAAUCCUAUUGCGAAUUGUGUCAGUUAUGAUCUCUGUGAUAACUUUGAUGGUUGUGAAAACAUUUACGCCCAACAACCACGACGUCGUCGCCCUAUUUUGCCGAGAUCCUGGUUUGGUCGUCCUACAGCGCCGCCAGAAAGCGCCACGACCUACAAAUGUUCUUACUACCGCAAGUGCUACAGCAAACGUUGUCCAAUUUGGCCUAGAAAUCAUUUCCAUAGAUCAUGUGCGCCACCAUCUCAUUGCACAAUGAAUCAGUUGUCUUAUGCAUGCCGCUUGAGGUAUAAUAUGUGGUAUUAAAUAUGAUACUUCUAGUUGUGUCAAAAUUAAAUUAAAUAAAAAGUGAAAAUAUGUAUUUAAAAAUA